AUGAUGAGAAAUUUAAUAUUUCUGUCUUUUUCUUCAGUUUUUUCGCAAGAAUCAAAUAUCGGAAAAUCGAAGGGAAACUCGAAGUGUUAUGAGCGACCCAAAGGCGGAAUAACAAAUGCAUGCUGCGACGGAUUUUCAGAAGAUUGCUAUGGCUGUCACCCUGACCUCGUUGCCCAGGGAAUACCCUGUGUCGAUCAGCCAAAAGCUCCGUUCGGUGUCAACGGUUUGGAGCUUUCCGCUAAUGACGAAAGAGACUGUUACUGCGACGCAGAGUGCAUUGACUAUGGUGAUUGCUGUAAGGACCACUAUAUAACAUGCAGACGGCUUUAUAACGAGGAUCAGCUUGCAGUACUGGAAGCCUUUCUUGCCACUUCAUCUACGACUACAACAACAACAACGACGACAACCUCAACGACAACCUCGACGACAACCUCGACGACAACCUCAACGACGACCUCGACGACGAUCACAACGACAACCACAACGACGACCUCAACCCCAACAACUUCAACUACAACGACGACUUCAACUCUCUACACAACAGAUUUUCAGCUUAUUACUCCUAUCAAGCCAGCAACUAAUUGUGGUCGAGGAGGAUGCGUCUCUACCGGUCCAACAAAAACGCCGAGUCCAAUCGACGACUUAGCAACGGAAACGUCUUGGAUUUUCAACAAUCUUUUCGGCUUACUGAGAACAGCGCUGCACAUGCGAUUCGGAAACAGCCAGAGACGUGCGAGUUUGAGGACUAAACUUGGCCAGGUUCAACAGUUUUUUCAAGAUGCUGAGCUGCAUUGCAGGCAUGAUAAGCCACCACAUCCUGGGCAUCCAAACAAAGGCGACCAUGAAAUGUACGACUCCUACCUUCAGCUGGUUAUGCGCGAUUUUACCGAGCAAAAGAUUUCAGAAGGAUUGGACAAUUUGCUUGCGAUUUAUAAUUUGUAUAUUUCUGAUUAUUUUUUCAAAUCACCUCACGACUACCCAACAACCUCCUGUAGCACAACAGACUACUCUGGAAUCCGCCGAAUGCAGCGAUCGAUAAGAAAAUUGAUCAACAAACUCAAGAAACGGAAGCCGUGA